AUGCAUUUUCGUGACAUUAUAAGCCCGGUGUUGUUAGCAACGCUUGCGCAUGGUUAUGCCAAUCCUGGAACCUGUUCGGGAGCUUGUAAUGUCCAUGACCCGUCACUCAUUCAGCGCACUUCGGAUAAACGCUACUUUCGAUUUUCCACUGGGAACGAGAUCUCGUAUGCUAGCGCUUCGUCCAUCAAUGGCCCUUGGACUACUAUCGGAUCUAUGUUGCCCAGUGGGUCUUCCAUCGAUCUUGCUGGGAACACUGACUUGUGGGCCCCAGAUGCCCAAUUAGUGAAUGGCCUUUAUCACGUUUAUUACUCCGUCUCGACAUUCGGCUCACAAAACUCAGCCAUUGGACUGGCCACAUCGGCAACCAUGGAAUCCGGAUCUUGGACAGAUCUUGGAAGUACGGGUAUUGCAUCCUCAUCUUCCAAGGCAUAUAAUGCGAUUGAUGGCAACCUGUUCAAUGACGGUGGUAAUUAUUACAUGAACUUCGGCUCCUUCUGGCAUGACAUCUAUCAAGCCCCGAUGAACUCAGCCGCUAAAAAAGUUGCGUCUUCCUCCUACAACAUCGCAUAUGAUUCCUCCGGAACACAUGCCGUCGAAGGGUCGUAUAUGUACAAGUACGGAAGCUACUACUAUCUCUUUUACUCUGCUGGAAUCUGCUGUGGCUACGACACUUCUCGCCCUGCCAGCGGAGCGGAAUACAAAAUCAAAGUCUGCCGAUCCACCUCGGCAACUAGCGGAUUUGUUGACAAAGAUGGAACGGCUUGCACAAACGGCGGUGGCACAGUUGUAUUAGAAAGCCAUGGUACCGUUUACGGCCCUGUACUGUACUAUCACUAUGUCGAUACUACGAUUGGUUAUGCUGAUAGCCAGAAACUUUUUGGGUGGAACGCGAUUGAUUUUUCAACUGGGUGGCCUGUUGUCUAA